GCCAUUUCACCGGGCACCGCGGACGAGGGUGUGCCCGGGAAUGGAAUUUGACCCUCUGACGCACCCUGGAUCGAUUAAAUCAUUCCACCGAGUCCCUGAGCUUUCGCUCCUCAUCGCCAGAGGUACAAAGUGCCCGCAAGGUUUGCCCCCCCAAGGGAGGGUACGGCUGGUGCUCUCCGGGAGGAGUUGGCAGGGAUGGUGUAAGCCCGCCGGCCACACGCAAAUCCUACCGCUGUGCGAACUGCGAGACAGCGGCGGGCUGAGCUGGAGCAGGAGGAGUUAGUCAGGGGCUGAGUCACGAUUAGGUUUGCCCGCGGGAUGACAUCUAAGGAUGCUUCAGGUAAAGCUAAUAGUAACUGGAGAUGACUUCGGCUAUUGCCCUCGGAGAAACCAAGGCAUCGUCGACUGUUUCCUGGCUGGUGCGGUAUCUAAUGUGUCCCUUCUAGUCAACGGAAGUGCUGCAGCAGAUGCAGCCAAGCUAGCAAGGAGAUAUAAUAUCCCAAUAGGCCUGCAUGCCAACCUCUCUGAGGGCUCUCCUGUAUGUGAGGUGCUCAAGACAAACUCUUCUCUGCUCAACCAAGAUGGAUUCUUCCAUGGAAAAAUGGGAUUCAGAACAGCUCUAUCAAAAGGUCUCCUGAAUAUGUCAGAGGUGAAGCAGGAGCUAAAGGCCCAGGUGGAGCUGUUCCAUGAGCUGACAGGUCACCUACCUCCUCACAUGGAUGGGCACCAGCAUGUCCAUGUUCUCCCAGAGGUCAGACAUGUAUUUGCAGAGGUGUUAGAGGAAUAUGGGAUUAAGUACACACGUGUCCCCAUAGAGCCAGGCCUCCAUAACUGUGACUGGAUUCCACCAUCCCUGAUGGACUUUUACCUGGGAGUAGAAGAAGAUUCUUUUAACACAGUGGAUGUGUUUACAAAGCAUGGAAUAAGGUGGCCAGACAUUUACAUAGGCCUGAGCACCAUGGGCAGGAACAUGUCUGUCAGCAGCAUCCGCAGCGCCAUCGACAGCGCCGUGCUGCAGCUCAGGGCCAAGGCAGCGCAGAGCGGCACGGUGACCAUCGAGCUGAUGGUGCACCCGGGCUACCCCAGCGUCCCACCCGUCGGUGGCUGUGGGGAAGGACCAGAUGAUUUCUCACAGUCCUGGGAACGCCUCCAUGAACUCCAGACGUUAAUGAAGCCAGAGCUGCAGAGCCAUUACAAAAGCAGGAAUAUUCAGCUGUGCUCAUUCAAAGAUCUUUAAAUAAAUGAGCAGGCAUUCAUGCAUCCAUUCUCUGAAGACACUGAUGUCCAGAGAAGCCAGAUCACUGUUACCAGUGUCACAGGCUCUGGUACAGCUCACAGGAGCUGUGAACAGCCUGGGAAUGGACACCACCACCCUGUGAGCAGCUCCAGGCAGUACCCCAGAGCCCCAGCUGCCAGUUUUAAGGCCACAACAUCUGCUCAAAAUGUGCCAAACUCCUGUGACACCUCCUGCACAGUGCUCCAGUGCAGCACACACUCCCAGGGCUCAGUUCCUGCCAGCAAAGGAGCAGCACAGGCACAGACUUGGCUGUGAGACACCGCAGCACAGCACACAGCACCCGGAGGGGCCUGAUCAUUUCUCCUUUCAGACUUGAUAGCAAAACAAGAACCCUGCUGGGGAGCGGAUGCUGCUUUGAAGCACCCACUCAGUGUAGGCCACCCACAGGAGACCCGGACCUUCAGCAUUUGGUUCUCUGAAAGCAGCCAGUCCCUGCCCCUCCACUCGUACCUGCUCACCGGCAGUGAGGGCUGCAGGGACGCGUCAACCUCAGAGCCUUCCUCUGGUCGGAGCAGUCGGGUCACACGUGGCCCCGUGGGGUCUGCAGCCACCUCAGCCGGCAGGAAUUGUCUCUGCCUGUUUACGUUGCCUCUUGGUGUUAAGCCCCGCCUAGGAAAGUAACAUCAGCUGUAGCCCUUUAAGGAGAGGCCUCUUAUUUUUGGGAUGACUUUGCAGGAGCAGCGACUGUUGAUCCAUCUGCUAUUUCAGUAACUGCUGUGUAUGAGAGCAGCAGCAGCUGGUCCUGCACCGCCCACUGCCCCUCAGGACAACCAUGAGCAUGGCUGCGAGUGGAGAAUGUCCCUGUAUUUGUCCCUUUUAUUCCUGUCACCAGAGCAUUCGAACUCCAACAAGCCCCAGUAGUGCUGAUAGGUUCUUAACUGCAGCCCUGUCAUUCCUGUAAGGACUUUCACAUGGGGAAAAAAUAUUGUAGAUUGUUUAUACUCAAUUCUCUGCACAAGAGUGAUCUAUUUAACAUAAUUGGUUUUGUUAACAAUAUUUUUUAAUAUAAAAUCAUCAUUAUUCUUUUAAAUAAAAAAUAAACUCAGACCUUUUCUAUUGCAA